CUUCUCUUUGUUUGUGCUAAUGAAGCUGAGCAGCUAGGUACAUCUACAGACAGAUCUCGGCAUUCACUGGUGUUUCAACAAUGGGUCAUUGGUCAUUCGUUGCUUUGAUAUUGGGCUGCUGCCUGUCAGUGGUCUUAUCUGAUAAUCAAAGUCAGCAAAGCAACGCUAUCAGACUGCCAGGAUCACAGCCAUCCAGUAAAUCAACAAGACCCCCGUUUUAUGAUAAGGCUCGACGAGCAAGGUAUAUUGUACAUAAGGCCAACUGGACUGUCAUAGCCACAUUCUCCACCAAGCCUGAGCUCGUGGGACGCUCCUUCCCAGCUCCUGCAUCCAUCUCGGACGGUCCCGUCGGCAAGAGCUCCGGGACUCCAUACUUCUACCUGGCAGAGAUCGACAGUAUCAUGCAUGAUGUUGCUAAGAACCCCAAUGUGACGUUGAGUUUCAGUGAAGCUGCAUUCGGUGAUAUCGCAGAGUGUGCUGUAACGUCUACCUCAGAUCCCGAGAGCCCUCUUUGUGCAAGGUUGAUGCUCUUUGGUCAACUGGUUCAUGUCACCGACCCCAAGGAAACGAGCUUCGCAAAGGAGGCGCUCUUCUCUCGUCAUCCUCUCAUGCCCACCUGGCCAAAAGAUCACGACUUUGGUUUCAAGAAACUGAUCGUCACCGAUGUCUGGAUCUUAGACUUCUACGGCGGUGGAUCAUCUGUCUCUGUUGAUGACUACUAUAAUGCUCUUCCUUGAUCCUGGUUUGAUAUCAAAGAGUUGCCUUCAUCACUGGGUCCUCUAAUAGGGGUUCAUCAAUUUUUUUUUUUUCAUUUUUUCUUUGCUUGUUUGUUUAUGUCAACCCCUUCCAAGAACACUCAAAAGAUCGAAACCUCAGAGAUUUUUCUUUUCAUUUUUAAAAUUGCAUUUAUUCAUGUUUUGUUCAUUUAAAGGUCCAAGUCCACCCCAGAAAAAAUGUUGAUUUGAAUAAAUAGAGAAAAAUAUAACUAGCAUAAUGCUGAAAGUUUCAUCAAAAUUAAGUGUAAAAUAAGAGAGUUAUGACUUUUUAAAGUUUCGCCUAUUUUUCACAAAGCAGUGGUUUAUGCACAAUUCGGUGACAUGCAAUGAGACAGUUGAUGGUGUCCUUCACUCACUAUUUCUUUUGUUUUUUUAUUGUUUGAAUUAUACAAUAUUUCAUUUUUUUAAUCAUAUUUCAUAUACUAGUAACAAAUUACAAAAGAAAUAAUGAGUCGAUGACGUCAUCAGUCUCCUCAUUUGCAUACUGACCAGGAUGUGCAUAUAUCUGUUUUGUGAAAUUAAGCAAAAAUAUAAAACGUCAUAACUUUCUUAUUUUACAACUAAAUUUGAUGAAAUUGUCAGUGUUGUGCUUGUUGGAUUUUUCCUCUUUUUAUUCAAAUAAACUUUGUGUUGGGGUGGACGUGUCCUUUAAUAUAUUUCAUUCGGUUAUCCAUUUUCUUCGUUGUUAUAUGUAUUUUUUUGGGGGGGGUUGUGGGUUUUCUUAAACUGAAAAUUUCAGCAAUUGAAUUCAUGGUCAUGGUCAUAUAAAAAUCCUGUGAAUAUAAUGAUGUGAUGAUAGUUUGUUACCCGUUCAUGUAACUUUCUGUUACUUGGGCGGUAAUUAUUAAAUUUUUUGGUGAGCAUGAUUCUGGUCCUGUUGAACAAAAGUAACUUUUAUGGUAACUUUGUCAUUCUAGCAACUACCCUCAAAACAUUGACUUGGCUGAUGUGACCUGUUGCCAUGGCAAUUAACAUAAUGGCAGAGCUGCCGAAGUAAGUUUGAAUUUGACCGAACCAUUAUCAUUUUAGCAUUCUGUCUUUCUGGUUUUCUACGCCCCCUUGCUUUAUUCGUUUCUAAUGAUUUAAAGAUAUUGGCGAUAUUUUUGUUGAUAAUGAUUGAAAACAUUGAUAGUAGGUCUUGUGUAAUAAGCUUGUGUAUGGAAUCAUUAGUCUUGAUACUUUUGAUGAAACUUAACCUUUUGAUGAAACUUAAACCCUUUGAUGAAACAACUAAAGAUUUUUUCUAAAUUAUAAUGGCUAUUUGAUCACUCAAAAGGGAUUGUUAUGGAGUACACUGUUUUCCUUCUUUUGUUUGAAUAUACUUUUAGUGUGAAAUGCUGAAAAAAAAUCAGCUGAUAAUUCUUAUUACCGUUCUGGUAGGUAUGUAUUGGACAACAUUAUCAAGUUUUGGACUACAUGAUCAAGUAUAGUAUUGUGGGUAUAAGGGGAUGGAAUGAAUUAUGACUGAACUGUAUGCUUAUUCAAGAUAAUUGUGUAAUGCCUUUAAAGGGGAAUCCAGCCUUGGCCAUAAAAUGUUGUGUUGGGAAGGAGAAAAAUAAAUCAAACAGAAUGGUGAAAGUUUGAAAGAAAUCGGACAAGCAAUAAGAAGUUAUAGCUGCUUUAAAAUUGAGAUCACUUAUACUAUGUAGAUUUCAAAUUGGCAACUGGGUAAGUAAAUUAUGACAAGGGGCAAGGACAACUUUCCCAUAGGCCAUGAACUUUAUUAUCAGGGAUUUGUGGUUUUCUCCUACAUGUAAGUACCCAUCCCCCUGGGGAAGUAAUCUAAAUAUAACCCAGGUAGUAUAUUGGUUUAUGUCCUCAUGAAAGAAAAAUAUAAUUUGAAAUAAAACUUUUGGGAAAAAUGACACUUAAGCCAAAAUAUGUAUUGGAGUACAUGGAAGAGUAGUCCUUGCCUUACAUCACUAUGACAUCCCAUAUGCGGCCAAUUCGAAGUAUCCAUCGGUAUAGUGAUUACCAAUAUUUACAACUUUUAAAAAUUCAUUUCUUUCUUGUUGUUUGUCCAAUGUUGUACAAACUUUCACCUAUCAACUUGUCUGAUUUUUCUUUUCCUUAUAAAAACAAGUUUUUAUUUGGGUUGGAUUCCCCUUUAAAGUUGGAUUUUUCUUUUUGUACACAGGAUUUGUGUAUAAAAAAUAUUGUAGGGGAUAUCAAAACUAUUGAAUAUUGAUUUUUUACAUCAGUAAUAUUGAUUUAGGCUAUGAGAAUUAUUGAACGCAUGUUUGUGUCACGAGAAAUAUUGUACCCAGGAUUUGUGCUGUAAUGAGUCAAUGGAGUGUGUGAAAAUCGUGUCAGCAUAUGAUGCAGACAUAAUGUCAAUGUUAUUGUUAAUCACUGUGAUCUAAUAUAUCAAUGUACUUAUUAGUAUUUUAAUUUGCUCGGAUGUACAUAUUAUACAUGUAGCUUCAUCGGAUAUUUUUUUUUUUUUUUAAUGACUAACUUUGGGGUGUGAAUGCCAUGAAUUGCCAGUUGAUAUAGCCAUUGGCAUUAUCUUACUUAUAAUAAUUUUAAGGCUCAUGUUUGAUGAGACAAUCAAAUUAAAGUCAUUAAGUCAAUGAUAUACAAUGCAAAAAAAAGACAGUUGAGGUUUUCUGCAGGCACAGACCUCUGGUUUUGGCAAUUUGCACAGUGCAUUAUGCAGAGUCUGAAGUAGAGAGACUACAUUGAAUUCACUAUGUACUGUGGCUGCCUCUACCAGACAGAGAGUUUGGCAUCUAAGUCUCCCUUCACUUACCGUGUGAGCAAAAAAAACUUGACACCUCACAAAUCCCCAAUUUAGGGAAAAAAUAUAACGAGCACAUGAUCAUUAUAUAUGGCUGGAAAGAAUAUCAUCUGAGCAACUUGAUACCAUAUUUAUGUGGUAUGUGUAUGUCUUCAUGCUUGGAUAAUUAGUAGGUAUUUUUUGCAGUGAUUUAAAUUUUGACUUGCAUCAAAGUAAGGCAUGACUUCUGGGGACCGUUUCAUCAACAUUUUUGUCUGACAAGUUGUCAGAUCUGACAUCUUUCCUUGAUUCUGAUUGGCUGAGAGGCACUGUUACUAUAGUAACUGUCGGAUAAAAUGGGACUUGUCGGAUAAAACGUCCGACAAGUCCUUUCAUGAAACGCUCCCCAGAUGUCAAUAUCAUAAUACUACAAAGGUCGCAUUAAAAUCUAUUGCAAAAACCUUUUUAAUGAUUAACAUUAGAAUUGUUUAAUACCAGUAAACACUUAAUUUCAUUCAUAAGGGGUUUGCAAAUAUGUUUACCAACUCAUGUAGGAUUAUCACAUCAUUUGCAUCUGGAUUCAUUCAUUGCAGGCAUGCCUUACUUUGGCGCAAAUCAAACUUUAAAAAUCCUGGUAAAAAAUACCUCCUGAUUUACAUCCAAGCGUCAACACAUACCACAUAAAUAGGGUAUCAAAUUAUUAAGGAGAAAUUACUCUGAGGCGAUAUAUAGUUAUGUAUUCAUGAAAUAUUAUUUCCUUAAAUUUGGGAUUUGUGAUGAGUCAAGUUUUUUUUAACCCACACAUUAGACAUGGGCAAUCCCAUUAAAUAUGUACGUCCGACCCCCUAUAUGUGGGACCUUCAUGAAAUUAUCUGUCUCUGAUUUCUUGUUCUUUUGAUAGUCUGUAAUGUUCUCAAAGGACCAUGACCAGUUUAUGAAGUGAAGUAAUAAUUGAGAAAAAUGGGGGUCAAACGUACAAAAAGGUUGAUUAUUUUAUGGAAUUGCCCAUAAUUAAAUAGGAGUCUGUGCUUGCAGAUUUAGGAGAUGACGUUCGUCACCUGGCUAAGUAAACUCUAAAUCUAGAUGCAAAGUAUGGAAUGGUGAAUUUGUAACUCAACUUUUGACUUUAUGGAAUAUAAUUUGUGUGAAUAGACAUGGCAUGUCUUGAUUCCAGUGUAAAUAUCGCUGACCUGUGUUGCGUCAUGUAUGAACAAGGCUUUGAUUAUCAUGUUUUGGUGUAGAUUGGACCAUGGGGGGGGGGGGGGGUUUCCUUUUUUUUUCGCUACAACCACUAUUUCAUUUCAUUCUUACAAUUCAUUCCUCCUCACCUCCUCUUUCCUAUGCCCAUUUUGCCGGCCUUCAAGAGAUAACUUCUAGAGAUAACUAAAUUCUGAUUUGUUCAUUAUUCAAUAGAUUUUUAAAUUCUUUUUAAUUAGAGAAAAGUGAAGAAAAAAAACAUCACCUUUGCUCUCUCUCUCUUUCUUUAAAAUUCACUAUCCCAGUUUUGACUCUCCAUGUUAUAUGCAACCUUCUCUCUUCUUCCAUCUCUCUCUCUCUCCCUCACUCUCUAUCUCUCACUCUGUCCCUUGUAUUCUGUUUCUCUCUACAUUCCUAUCUUUUCUUACAUGUACCUUCUGUCGCUUACUCACCCUUUCAAAAUGAAGUAUCUGCCUUUUUUUCUAUCUCUCUUGAUAUAAACCUACUCUCAAGCAUGGAAUAGGCCAAGCAUUUCAGAAUACAAGCUUUCUGAAUAGAUGAAGUUCAAUUCACAUUAUUGUCCCUUUUACCAAAGUUUUAAUUGGGUUUUUUUUAACUAAACAGUGCUAUCAAGAUUUGUUUUGCUUCAUAUAAAAAUGUGUAAGAUUGUAUACAUGUAUUGAUGUUGGUGUUAUGUGUGAUGUAUUGUGCUUUUGAGCUCUUGUAUUGAUGUACUCGAAUUAAGUUACGCUGAAAUCAUGUAAUCAAGAAUUUUUUUAUUUAAUAUAAUAAAUAUGAAUUGAUAAACCAA